ACCCAAAAACACAAAACCAUGACAGAAACACACCCACCCGCUGCGUUGAAUAGUUUGUGGAUUAAGUUUAUGGCAUACUAAAUUCUGGAUUUAGUCAAAAAAGUUUCUGAUUAUAUUAUAUAAGUUUCUGUUUAAAUUAGGUUUUAAAUAUUUUUUGUAUAGAUAACCAAUAGUAAUGUCCGAAAGCGAAGUUCACACACCUGAAGAUAUCGAACACGAAAUUGAAACAAACUAUAAACCACCCCCAGAAAAGACCAUUGAAGAAAUCCUUGCAGCAGAUCAAGAAGAUGAGAGUCUUAGGAAGUAUAAAGAAGCUUUGUUGGGAGAGGCACAAUCAGGAAAAAUUGUUGUAGAGCCAGAUGAUCCUAGAAAAGUUAUUGUCAAAAAGUUAGUGCUUGUGGUAGCAGGCAGACCUGAAGUGUCCUUAGAUCUUACUGGUGACUUAUCAAAGCUCAAAAAGGAAACAUUUACUAUAAAAGAAGGGGUAUCAUACAGAAUUCGCAUUGAAUUUAUUGUUCAAAGGGAAAUUGUUCAUGGAUUGAAGUAUGUACAGAAGACCUACAGAAUGGGUGUACCAGGUCAGUGUAAACAUUUAUCUUUUGUACUCUUAUAAUUUUUAAUUAUAUGU